ACUCGUCACACGGUGCGCUGACAGGAAAUGAAGCAGCCUGAGCAAAGAGCUGCAUGGUCUACACAACGCAGAGAGCAGCUGCACGGUGAUAACGCAGCAGCUCAACAUCUCAGGUGUUGCUUUCUACAUUUGGAGAUCAGACUCUCAACAACUAGACACACAAACAAAUCAACCCCCCCCCAAUUGUUCAUCAUGAACUUGACGGACGACAGCUGCAGCCCCCCCUCAGUGGAGUAUCAGUUCUACCUCUUCCCAGUGGUCUACAUCCUGGCGUUAGUCGUGGGUCUACCUGGAAAUCUGGCUGCUCUCUUCGUCUUCACCUUCAAGAUCCCCCCUCGCACAGCCUUCAGCGUGUUCAUCAGCAACCUGGCCCUGGCGGACAUUGUCAUCCUCUGCACUCUGCCCUUCAGGAUCCACUACCACCUCAAAGGAAACAACUGGGUGUUUGGGGACGUCGCCUGCCGCAUCACUGGGGUCCUGUUCUACUGCAACAACUACAUGAGCAUCUGUUUAAUGACUUGUAUCUGUGUGGACCGCUACAUGGCCACGGUGCAUCCUCACGCCUACCAGAGGCAGCGGAGGCCCUGGCACUCUCUGGCCGUGUGCGGAGCACUCUGGUGCGUUGCUGGAGUGGCGAUGCUGGUCUUCGUCCUCCGGGGGCCUAUGGAAGCCCACGUCAAACAAUCUGAAGGCCACAGUUGUUUCGAGAACUUCUCCAAGCACGAGUGGGACACACGUGUGGGGGUGUACAGCCUGCUGAUUCUGAUCUUCUGCUCCCUACUGCCCUCCGUGAUCAUGCUGGUGUGUUACCCGCUGGUUGUGAGGCGCAUCUCCAUGAUCAGGACUAACACGGCCAGAAGAGCCGUGAGGGUCAUUUACACCAUCCUGGCCAUCACGCUGCUCUGCUUCCUGCCCAACCACCUGGUGUAUCUGCUGCACCUCCUGCGACGCAUGGGUGUCAUCAAGAGCUGCACCACCGCCAACCGCAUCCACGACGCCAGGCGGGUCACCAUGGCCCUCGUCACCCUCAACACGUGCCUGGACCCCGUGCUGUACUUUGUCACCACCAGCCACUUCAAAUGGAGGCGCUUGAAGAUGAAAUGGCUGUGUGGACGAGUGCAGAGGAGCACUGGUGUUUAUACGAUUGCAGUGGACUGAGAGAACUGAACCUGUAGAUGUAUAAUGUAAAUAUAACUCUGCUUCCUUGUCUAUAUAUGGAAAAAGAAGACUUUUUUUAACAAAGGUGUUUAUUGAAAUUGUCAUUUUACGUCAAAUAAAAGGGACGGAUCUAAAACAGGGAUCUGAUUUUCUUUAUCUUGGGCCUCGAGAUGAGUCCACAAUGUCCGUGUGAAAAAAAUUGACCAAUCAGACCAGAAUCCUUCAAAAUGUUAACAAAUAUAUUUAAGAUUCAUGAUCACAACAGGAGAAGGGGGGGGGGCAGCCUUGAUGUUGUUGACGUCUGCUGUAACUUGAAGUUAUCAGCACUGGUAAGAAGUUUGUAGCCUACUCCAGAGAAUCCAGGAUCCAAUGAAUGGUAAAGCUUCAAAAGUUUAUGGUUUUGGGCCAAAAUGGAUUUCAACAGAUUCCAGCUGGAAGCCCCUUCUUCAGCAGAGUCGAGAGGAAACUGCCCAGCUCUUCGUCCUGAUGAAGAAAACCACAACUUAAAGUAAAAAAAAAGAAGCAGCAAUUCUUAUGAUGAUUAUAAAUUCUCACACACAGUAUUUUAUUUACUCCGCCAAGAUGAUAUGUUUUCACCUCUGUCCAUUUGUUUGUUAGUUUGUUUGUAAUUGAAGCAAGAUAACACAAAAAACCACAGAACGGAUUUCCAUGAAACUUGAUGGCAGGUUGUGGUAUGGAUCAGUGAAGAAGCCAUUUAAGUUUGGUGCAAAUCCAAAUAAAAAUCCAGAUCUAGUGGACUAGUAGAGUCGUGGGUUUGUAAGGGGACUGUCG